AUGUUGUUUCUUAAUUUAAGCUGUGAAAGGCAGACUCUCAACUUGAUCUUUCCUCCCCUCUAAACUGUAUUUUUAUCCAAUCUCUUCGCUAAUUUUCUGUGCUCUACAGGGCUGAUGAGGAGCCUGUCGAUCCAAAAAAGUACUAUGAGGAGCGUUGCAAACCGAAAUGCGUAAAAUACUGGGUUGAGUAUGGGGUAAUGCCUUGAACAAUCAGGAGAACCUUUUUACAUAUUUUCAUUGCCUUCCAGUAUUUUCCUAUCAGCUAGUCAGUUGAUUUUAUCCUUUAUAUGUCUCAUUGCAUCAGACUGUAAGCUAUUUCCUGAUGGCCUGUCCGUAGUUUUUUUUUACUAUAUCAACUUCUGAAAAGAAAAUUUAUAUAUUCCAUAUAGAAGUCCAGUUAUUUCUUAUCUUGCUUUUAAUUUUCUGAAGACUGGUUCAUAAAGACAACCAGAAAAUCGGAAAUGAUGCGCUAUAUUCGUUUCACUAAUAUGUUUGUACAUGGAUUCCCCAGCUUCCCAAAAAGUUUCUACUUGGUUCAUUUAACUCAUUAGUCCAUGUCCAGGGCAGUUGAUUUGUGGGCCAUUUGAAAUCUGCUGUCACAUUUAUGCCACGCAGUGGACAGAGACUCUGAUACUACCCAUUUGUUUCACUUCUACUUGAUUAAUUUCUGAGAGCUGGUAAGAUAUUUGUUCUUAAUUUGGAGCUAUCCAGACUUUUCUAGGCUGAAUUCUUAAAAAUGUGGAGCGUCUGUUUUCAGUUAGAAGAGUGUUUAUGCUGUGAAAAUCUGUAAAACAAUUCUGGUCGGAUCAUUGUGCAUAAGUUGCGGAGAUUCAUCUUCAAGCAACAAGUCUAGAUUUUGGCUGUUCUGGAUCUUGAACCUAGCAUUCAGUAUUUUGUUCAAUCCUAUGCCUCUGAAGCUUCUGAAAUCCUAAUCAAUUACCACUCUUGUAUCAGAGGUGGAUUAACUUCGUUAAUGCUGGCAAAGGGCCACAGCUCCAGUCCCGAUUCUACUGGGAAGCGGCUGCUUUGGCGAUUCUAGCCUGAGAGAAAAAGGUCCAGGAAGGAAGAGAAAGGAGGAAGAAAACAAAAGGUGUCUUAGGGAAAGGAAAAGGCCCCAGCCAACGAUGUGGAUCCUAUGAGGAUAAUAAAAACAAUGAUAUGGGUGUGGUGGCAAUUGUGGCCUCUACUGAAAAGUGGUGGAAGCUCUUCCGCUCUCCACCAACCUUAUGUUCAAUUUGUGUGCCUGUCUGUGUAUUUGAGGAAUGGGGGGGAGAGCUCUUACCAGCGAUAUCAUCCAAAAAUCAUGAAAAUUUAGCGUACUUUAUAUCUCAACUAUGGUAUUUAAUGUUUGGUCGGUUCUGAUCAGAAACCAUGCUUGCAAUUCGGUUUCUGAAAAAAAGAUGAAUUUUUUUGAUAUCUUAAAAUUUUAAAAAUCAUGACAUUUUAUCUCGCUCUAUGUAUUAACUAUGGUUUUUAAUGUGUAUUAUCUUGUAGAUUCCAUUGAAACUAUCAUUUUUAUGAAGUACUAGAUUAUUUGUUUUGAAUAAAGUGAAUGAACCAAUCAUGACGCUUGUCUCAUCGAUCUGGGAUUAGCUGUGAUCUGGUAAUAUUGGCAAAGACCGGACUAGGUGUUUUGCGUCAGUUUGCUUGAAUGACACUCCUAUAUGAACAGUUCUUCAAUUCUGAUGAAUGUUGACACUGGCUUGUGGAUUGAGCUGGGGUCUGUCUAGUCGGAUGUGAAGCGAGCUUCAUGCAUGCUACAAGAAAGCCCAGCUGGUAACUAUUAUGUUCCUGAAACCGUACGUUGACUUCAGAUAUCAUAGUACGUGGGUGUCUCUGGCUCUGUAUUAUCUUUAAGGGCAAGAUGGUCAGAGGGGCUCUCUUUUUUCUUUUUUUUUAUUUGGAAUACCCUUGACUUUGCAUCAAUUCCGAAGAACGGUUCUGAAUUAUCUUUCUUGUUCUCUUUGAAAAAAAUUAUUCCUUUCUGAUUCCUUCUGAAUCCCCCUUAGAUUCUCUCUCCUAUUCGCAAAAUGUCCAAACGACACCUUGUCGCUCGAGAUGACAUGAUGCCUGUGCCUCUGUAGAGAUGCAUCGACCGAGUCAAGGGCGACGAGUCGGGCCACAAGCACUGCACUGGGCAAUACUUCGACUACUGGUCAUGCGUUGACCACUGUGUGAGUACCAUCCCGCCAUGCUUCUCCUAACGUUUUACAGGUCUUAGCUUUCCAUGCAUGAUCGUUUAACGUGAAAGUACGUCUAAAAACGCAGGUCGCUCCGAAGCUCUUUGAGAAGUUGAAAUAA